AUGGGUUCCUCUCUUUUCAAUAUGAGGUCUCUUAUCGGCCUCUUGUUUUUGGUUGUCCAGCUGGCCUCUGCACUGAAAUUCGAACUCCCUGCCUCGUCGGGCCACGGCAAGAACGAGCGAUGCAUCCGCAACUUCGUCGGCAAGGACCAGCUGGUUGUGGUCACUGCCAUUGUUGGUGGUGAGAAGGGAGAUGGCCAGAAGGUUAACAUUCAUAUCAAAGAUGCCAUGGGCAAUGACCACGGCCGUCCCAGGGACGUCGUGGGUGAGAUCCGCCAGGCGUUCACUUCGCCCGCCGACACCGCGUUCGAUGUGUGUUUCGAGAACCAGCUCUCCGGUCACAAUGCCGUUGCAAACCCCUUCCGCGCAGUCGAGCUCGAUGUCGAUAUCGGUGCCGAUGCCCGUGACUGGUCCAGCAUCCAGGUCCAGGAGAAGCUCAAGCCUGUGGAGACGGACCUCCGCCGCAUUGAGGAGAUGGUUGCUGACGUUGUCUCGGAGAUGGAGUACCUCCGCUCCCGUGAGCAGCGGCUGCGCGAUACCAAUGAGAGCACCAAUGAGCGGGUUAAGUGGUUUGCGUUUGGGACCAUGGGCAUGCUUGUUGGACUGGGUGCUUGGCAGGUGGUGUACCUGAGGGCUUACUUCCGAUCGAAGCACCUCAUCUAG